AUGGACGACACCAUCGACCAACCCAUCGAUGCUGUAUUCGGUGAUCGUGUGAGAAGAUUUCAAGAGUUUUUGGAUCAGAACCCUGAGAAUGGUAUCAACCACAGAUCUGCCAUCAAAGAUAUGCUCAUGAAGGGAAAAUUCAGAUUGUCAGUGCUGCUUGACGAAGUCCGUGAAUUCGAUGUCGAAUUCUGGAGGGGACUUUUGGAUACGCCAGUUGACUUCCUUCCAGCGUGUGAACGGGCGUUGAGAGACACUGUUUUGACAAUUUAUGACCCCAACGACAACAGAUACGACGAGCUUGAUGACAACCAGCAGUUUUAUAUCGCUUUCAAGGGAGCUUUUGGUGGCAAUCAUGUUACGCCUCGUACCAUUUCUUCCAACUACCUUUCUAAAAUGGUUUCCAUUGAGGGUAUUGUCACCAGAGCUUCGUUGGUGAGACCCAAGGUGAUCAGAUCCGUUCACUACGCCGAAAAGACAGCUAGAUUUUACGCCAAGACUUACAAGGAUAACACGACUUCCUUCGAUGCCAUCUCCACACCCGCAGUUUAUCCAUUGGAAGAUCCAGAAGGAAACAAAUUGACCCCGAUUUCUGUUCAAGAGAUGCCUGAAUCUGCGCCAGCUGGUCAGUUACCGAGAUCUGUUGACAUUGUUCUUGAUGAUGAUUUAGUGGACACAACAAAACCCGGUGACAGAGUCCAGAUUGUUGGUGUCUAUAGAGCCUUGGGUGGUGCUUCCAAUAACUCUUCCUCCUUCAGGACCGUUAUCUUAGCCAAUGCUGUUUACCCACUUCAUGCUCGGUCUACCGGUGUUGCCGCUCAUGAAAAGCUCACAGAUCAAGAUGUCAGGGACAUCAACAAAAUGGCAAAGGACAAGAAUAUUUUCGAUAUCUUGUCAAACUCACUCGCUCCAUCAAUCUAUGGUCUUGACUAUAUCAAAAAGGCAGUCUUGCUCAUGAUGUUCGGUGGAAGUGAAAAGAACUUGAGCAACGGUGCCCACUUGAGAGGUGACAUCAACAUCCUCAUGGUAGGUGAUCCAUCCACCGCAAAAUCCCAAAUGUUGAGAUUUGUUCUUAACACUGCUUCCUUGGCUAUUGCCACAACUGGUCGAGGCUCCUCGGGCGUGGGUUUGACCGCCGCUGUCACAUCUGACAAGGAGACAGGUGAGAGACGCUUGGAGGCCGGUGCAAUGGUUCUAGCAGAUAGAGGUGUUGUUUGUAUUGAUGAGUUCGACAAAAUGUCAGACACCGAUCGUGUGGCAAUUCACGAAGUUAUGGAGCAACAGACGGUGACUAUCGCCAAGGCAGGUAUUCACACAACGCUUAACGCCAGAUGUUCUGUCAUCGCGGCUGCAAACCCGGUCUUUGGUCAGUAUGACGUACACAAGGACCCUCACAAGAACAUUGCUUUACCGGACUCUCUCUUGUCUCGUUUCGAUUUGCUCUUCAUUGUCACAGACGAUGUCAACCAAGUGAAGGAUAGAACCGUUUCUGAGCAUGUCUUAAGAAUGCAUAGAUUUAUAUCAGCUGGUUUGGCCGAAGGAGAACCUGUCAGAGAACGCAGUGUGGUAUCUUUGGCUGCCGGAGAUGAUCUGGUCGAUGAAUCCAUUGAACAACCCAUUUUUGAAAAGUUCAAUUCCCUCCUACACGCCGGUGUGGCUAGAAGCGGUGCCGGUGGCCAAAGUCCUACCAUUUUAUCGAUUCCAUUCUUGAAGAAGUACGUCCAGUACGCGAAGCAGAGAAUUAAACCAAGAUUGACAGAAAGAGCUUCGCUGUACAUUGUAUCGGUUUACAAGGAUUUGAGAAAUAGCGACACCGAUAUUCACAGAAGAACUGCUCCAGUGACUGCCAGAACCUUGGAAACACUUAUCCGUCUUUCCACAGCUCACGCCAAAUUACGCUUGUCCAAGUCUAUUGACAUCAAGGAUGCCAAGGUUGCUGAAGAGCUUCUUCGCUACUCUCUCUUCAGAGAGUCGAACAAAAAGAAACCCACAAAGAGAAGAAGAGCAGAGCCAAGAUACAGUGAAUUGGAUGCAGACCUGGAGGAAGACGACGUCAAUGAGGAUGUCACAAGUGCAGCCAUUCAAAAUGCCAGCAGAGGCAACCUUGCAGGUGAGAUGCCAUCUUUGUCACCAGAGGAACCGAUCAGAGAAUACGACCCACAGCAAACUACACCCGAGCCAUCUCCACCACUAGCUGCUGGCGUGGAAGAGGAGAUGAGAAACAUGAAUCUCUCCAGAGGCCAGGCGCCUCCAUUAUCAGAAAAUUCUAAUGCAUUCGAGCAAAAUAUUGCAGAGCAGCUUGUUGGCAUUAGUAAUGAGAGAUACGCAAAGUUUUUGGAGGUUAUGUCUCGUAUCAUCAACACGGAUCUCUUUGCCAAUAGCGAGGGAUGUUGUGCUAAGGAGACUGUGAUCCAGGAGAUCAACGAGGACUUGCAGCAAGAGGAGGUUUUCAGUGCUGAUGAGAUGGAGAAUGCCUUCAACAAAAUGCAAGACGAGAAUAUCAUCAUGCAAGUUGAGGACAAGAUUUACAAGGUUUAG